AAUAUGUUCCACCAUAUUGACGCCACUAGCUUAUUAUUAUUAUUAAUCAAUAGAGCGCUAGUUAAUCUUCGUUUCCACAUCGAGUUGGCCGUUAUAAACUGCACACUCUGCACUUUGUCUGAGCAAUUGCGUUGCAUUAUACGAUCAAUAAAAAAGGAACAGGCCAUUGAUUCUUCUACAAGUGUAACAAUAAUAAAGGAUGAAAACGACGUCGAAAACUCAUCAAAAAAUCUCAACCAAUGGCUUCACAACUUACUGCAGCUUUUACGUGUUAUAUUAAAUCAACCGAUAAACAUCAAAACAUUUGGCGUCGUGAACGUCAAUAUGACGCUGGUCCCCGCGUGCGUUGGGCUCAUCGUAUCAUAUACCGUCGUCGCUCUGCAGUUCAACAACGUCGUAUAAUGCCGUAUAACGUCAUGUCACUCUGUAUAACUUUAAGACGGGAGUGUAGUAAUCAUUUUUAAGUAGGGAUAAUGUUAAGAAAAUAAAAUAAUAUGUGUAGGCUAGCUGAGACUGUGUGCCUUUAGUUGUAAGUAAAUUUGAUAUAGCUUAGCUUGUGAAUAAUAUAUCAUUAUGUAUAAUACUUUAACACCUCAUGAAUACGAAAGACACCUAAUAUAUAUUUCGUUUAUAAAGUACAUAUUUUAUUGUCACGUUGGACAAUUGUCUAAUAACGGCCUAAUUUUUUAUAUUAAUUCAAUUUGAAUUUUUUUUAAUUUAGUUUAC